CCCGCUCUCACCUGGGACCAAUGGUUGGACUUGUUAAUGGUAUUUUCCAGUCUCUUGACACUCUUGUGGUCUUUUUAUUUUUCUUAGGGUUUAAAUGACUCCAAAACCCAAAACCUAAUCCCUGUUGUCUCUGUCUGUCUCUCCGAAUAUCAGAUUUAUAUGCUAAAGGGAGGUGGGUUUUUUCAUCAUGCAUGCCAUCAAGGGUGGCUGGGUUGGCCAAACAUUUGCCUUAGCUAAGUCCAUUGAUUCUGGAGGGAAGAAGUCACGGAUUCGGCGCUCAAAGGAGGAGAGGAAGGGAAUGGUCGAGUCCUUUAUAAAGAAGUACCAGAGUUUAAACAAUGGGAAUUUUCCAUCUCUUAAUCUCACACACAAGGAAGUUGGUGGGUCCUUUUACACUGUUCGGGAGAUUGUUCGGGAGAUAAUCCAAGAAAAUAGAGUUCUUGGUCCUGGCAAGUUGCCGCUGGAGGAGCAGUACAAUGAUCUGUUUGUGGAGCAGUACCCGUUGGGUACAAUUUCAACAGAACCUCAAACUUCUCUGUCCAUAUCUCCAAUUGGAAGUCCUGAACAUGAUCAGCAUGAGAGCUCAGGUGAAGCGCUGGAUUUAAUUUCUGAGCAACAUGCUGAACCUGAACAGCAGGGAUUCAAUAAUGGGAAAAUCAUUAACGGGAGUCAUGUAAUUGUAAAGAAUGAAGAAGCUGAUAAACCAAAAGCUGCUGAGGUUCAAGUUACUGAACCUCUGGAAACAGAGAAGAGAAUGGAAGGAGUGGCAGCAUCUAGGGCUAAAGUAACUCAAAUGGCUGAUUUAAUGGUAGAGACAUUCCCGUUGCCACCUGCUACCAAAUCAGCUGGAAACUUGAAUGGAAAUUCCAGUAAUGUAAGGGAGGUAAACGAGAUUUUAGAAGAGAAAGAUGUUGAAAAGGUGCUCUUGGAGCCGGAACAGGACCCAGAAAAUAAAUCAGCUGGAAACUUGAAUGGAAAUUCCAGUAAUGUAAGGGAGGUAAACGGGAUUUUAGAAGAGAAAGAUGUUGAAAAGGUGCUCUUGGAGCCGGAACAGGACCCAGAAAAUGGCAUUUCUUUGCCAGACGGAAUGAGUUCCUUGCAUAAUAGCAGUUUGGUAGAUGACAAUGAAGUUUCCUUGCAUGGUAGCAGUUUGGUAGAUGACAAAGAAGUGGAAAAGCCAGCAGUUCCAUUGUUGGAACGAAGCUCUGAUUUGGCAUGUGAGAAAGCAGUGGAAAACCUUGUAGUUUUGGCAAUGGGAAGCUCAAACGCAUCUGUCACUGACGAAGGCAUUGUGCAGGAUGCUGAGGCAGACAUAGAUGUGAAGGUGAAGUCAUCACAUGAUGAGAAGGCAAUUGCUGAAACUAAGGUUAUUGACGCUCAAAAUGGCAUCCAAGCAAAAUCUUCAACUGUUGGUAGUCAGUCAAUAGCCAAGGAGGUUGAGAUGAAAGAUGAAGCUUCCUUUCAACAUAGUCAGGACUCGCAGAAACAAAGCAGUCCAACAUUAAACAGAAUUAAUCUGGAAUCGUGGGGAGGGGCAUCUAAGAAUCGACCAGAACCAGAAACCAACCCGCUUUUGGCCAUUUUUAAAUCAUUCCUAGCUGCCUUAGUGAAAUUUUGGUCAGAAUAAAUCCUUUUGUAGUGUAGUAAUAUUGUCUAAAGCUUUUGCAGAGUGGAUUUAUACUUUACCUGCCAUUGUAAGGCAUCAAGUUUCGCCGUCUAUAUCAAGAGAGAGUGGUGGUUAUUA